AUGGAGAAGGCGUAUGAUAGAGUGGAUUGGUUUUUCCUCAAGCAAGUUCUUCUACCAGAUUCAACUUCUAUUCCUCGUGGAUCGCGCUGGUUGAGAAAUGCUGGAAUAACUCAUGGUUCUCGGUGCUUGUUAAUGGUGAGGGGGUUUAAGAAGCUGGUGGAUGCGGGCCUCUGCUCUCCAUUCAAAGGGCACCGUGGCGAUGUGUCGGUGACACACCUCUUGUUUGCAGAUGACACCUUGAUCUUCCUAGAUGGUGGCAUUCGAUCUAUCAGGGCUGUCAAAAACUUUCUCCAACGGUUUCAACAGGUCUCGGGUCAAAAGGUUGAAGGAGGGCUUGGGAUCAAACGGCUUAAGGACGUCAUGGAUGCCUUUCGUCUCAAGAUGGCCUGGUCCGUUUUGUUCCGAGCAGAGAAGAGCCUUUGGGGAAAGUUUGUUCAAGCUAGAUACAACCAAGACAUUAGUAACCAAGGUCAAUCAGCCCUCUCGUCUGCAGCUUCUCUGCUGUGGAAGCAGGAAGACAUAAACUUGAUCUUCCAUGGGGGUUUCUGCCUCACGGGUGGCCCCGAUACGCCGUUCUGGCCCCUCACGCCUUUAGGCCUGUUCACUGUCAUAUCGGCCUGCGAGCUCUGCCAUGAGCGCAGACCUUCUACCAGCUGGGGAGAGAAAAUAUGGAACAAAAAGGUCCCCCCCAAGAUCUCCAUGCUGGUGUGGCGGGUCAUCAAGAAAGCAUUGCCAACUGAUGACGCUAUCAUGACUCGCGGGCUCCAAAUGGCGUCUCGUUGUAGCUGCUGCCACGAGGAGCUGCACUACACGCCAUCCAUGGAGACGGCUGCUCACAUCUUCCUGCAGAGUAACCAGGCGUCUGAUGUUUAG